UGGAGAAAAUAACACAGAAACAGGAAGAACACGCCGACAGCGUGGGUCAGCUUGUUACUGAAUGUCCAGAUUGUCACUUUUCCGUAUGUUAGCAAACAGUUUGCUCUCAUAAUCACCUGUUUGCAGUUAACAGGUUAAAAUGUACCGACGGUGUAGUAGAUCUCAGAUUACUUAAUAAAAUACCCAUAAAUUAAAGUUUAAAUGUAUUAUUCUGCAAUAAUGCUGCCAGUUUCAGCUGUCUGUGGAGGAAUAUACAGAGCUGUAAUCCGUACGACAAGAAACAUCUCUCUGUACUGCCGUCUGUCCUCUGGAGGCAGAGUUCUGGCUGGACUAGCGGAUGCUGACACCAUCUUCGCUUUGUCAUCAGGUCAUGGCAGAUGUGGAGUAGCAGUGGUCCGCAUCAGUGGUUCUGCUGCAGCCACAGCAUUAAGAUGUAUGGUUGGGCUCGGAAAUCAGCUGCCUCCUCCACGAACUGCGCUGUUACGCAGCAUCACAGACCCCCACUCUAAAGAAGUUCUGGACCGCGGAUUGGUCCUCUGGUUCCCAGCUCCUCAUAGUUUCACUGGAGAAGACAGUGUGGAGUUCCACAUCCACGGCGGUCCUGCUGUCAUUACUGCUGUCUUACAAGCUCUAGGAAGUGUGCCUGGCAUGCGGCCUGCCGACGCUGGGGAGUUCACGCGGAGGGCUUUCCACGCAGGGAAGCUCGAUUUAACAGAGGUGGAAGGCCUCGGGGAUCUGAUCCAUGCAGAGACGGAGGCUCAGCGGAGACAAGCUCUCAGACAGAUGUCAGGAGAACUGGGACGCCUCUAUCAGGACUGGAGCCACAGGCUGAAACGGACUUUAGCCCAUGUCGAAGCCUUUAUAGACUUCAGCGAGGAUGAGCUCAUCGAGGAAGGAGUUUUAGACCAAGUGGACAUCUCAGUGUGUGAUCUGCAAGCAGAGAUCAAGCAGCAUCUGAAGGAUGAGCGGCGAGGCGAGAGGCUUCGCAGCGGGAUCCAUGUGGUGAUCGCUGGUGCCACCAACGCAGGGAAAAGUAGCCUCCUCAACACACUCUGCCAGAGACCUGCAGCUAUUGUUUCUCCCAUUGCUGGGACCACCAGAGACGUAGUGGAGUCGGCGCUGGACAUCGGGGGCUUCCCUGUCCUGCUGAGCGACACGGCGGGCCUCAGAGACAGCCCAGACCUGGUGGAGCAGGAGGGGGUUCGUCGGGCCAGGGAGAGGGUGCAGCAGGCUGAUCUGACUCUGCUGGUCGUUGACUCCACCAUCCUCCCCUCGGAGGAGCAGGAAGCUGCAGCGCUCCUGCUGGAGCACCUGAGGAGCGUCCUGUCCUCCCAGGACCAGCCUGGAGCAGGCAGGUGUCUCCUGGUGCUGAAUAAAGUUGAUCUGCUACCUGAGGCUCACAGAGAGAAGCUGAAUCUGGGGCUGAGAAGAGUCUCUGGACUCCCACCUGUCUGCCUGAUUUCCUGUCAAACCAACGAAGGACUGAAAGAUUUCCUCACUGUGCUGCAAAGCAACAUCAAAACAAUGUGUGGUGACCCUCUCUCCGGAGCGCCCACGCUGACCCAGGCCCGCCACAGGGCCCACCUGCAGCAGUGCGUGGCGGCGCUGGCUCAGUAUCGGCGGUACCGCGACUCUGACCUCGCUCUGGCAGCUGAGGGCGUCCGGUUAGCGCUCACCAGCCUGGGGAGGAUCACAGGACGAGUGGGGGCAGAGGAGAUCCUGGAUAUUAUCUUCAAAGACUUCUGCAUUGGAAAAUAACGGAGCGAGAGUGAAAACACAGAACACAGGUGAUGACGGCCCACUCAGGGAGGAAGGCUGUUUUCCCACAGAACCGUUUAGUGAACAGCCCGGGCUUCGUGCCAUGCGUCAGGGUCCAAAUAGUCGGCUGUGUGUUCUUGGCUGCAGACGUACCUCCGUUCCCAGGACAGAAAUAUUUUUUCUGGUGGCAUUUUUUUUUAAAUCCAGCUGAAAUAGUUUUAGGAUGAUGGCAAUGUCUCAGGGGCCCAAUAUACUGAACAAGUGUUUGGCACAGACUCAGUCAUCAUCCGAAAAACUUUCCCAAGGCUAAAUAUUGUCCUUCAGGGCAGCAGCACAACAAAACAAAAUCAGCUGUGACCUCGACAAGGUCAGCUGAGCGUGCAGAUGUCUACUUUUGUCAUUGAAAUUUAUAUUUUUCUUGUAUAUGUUUCUUUGCUUGAUGUUUGACAACUAUAAAGGAAGGUCCACAUGUUAAAACAAAUACAGAAAAUACUUGGCUAUCAUCUCUUUUCAGAUUUUAGGGUUGCCUAGUCAAAGUUUGGACUAAUUGAGAGGCCAUGGCGUGAACUUAACACGCUUGAAAACCCUCCAGUGUGACUAAAUUUAUAUGUAUAGAUGACAAUAUUUCACUGUGAGUUUCUAUAAAUUAAUUUGUUGCUGCCAAACCUAUAGGAAAUAAAUUUUAAAUAGGACUAUGUUGAUUUGGGCAGAUCUUUUUUGCUAUAAAAACUGAAAUCAUGAUUUGAAACUCAGAUUGUCUGUUAUUUGUUUCAUGAUUUCCAACAUUUCAACUCAACAAAUAAGCAAAACAGAAAGACUCUGUUAAAGGACCAAAUGUUUAAGUGAAACAUUUUAUCUUGGUUGAAGUAGGUAGAGGAGUAAAUUAUUUAUCAUAAACUUAUAUGUUAUAUUUUGUAUUUGUUUGAAGUAUUUUCCUUCCUGACGUCUUCAGGCUUUGUUCUCUUAUUAUAUUUACAGAUAUUGACAGAAACAGAAAAAUAUCUCAAUAGUAAUAAUUCGUACCAAAUAUUUAAUCCAAGCACUAAUUUGUGAUUGUAGUACAGCAGACAAUAACAUUGUGAUGACAACUAUGGUUCUGUUUAUCUUUUACUAGAUCAAAUACAAGCAUUUUAUUGUCUCAACAUUACAUUACUUUUAUCUGAAAUAUCCCUAAAAGUAAUGCAAUGUUUUUUGUGUAAAACGAGUAAAACAUAAAUAAUUUUUGAAUUGAGUUUUUAAUUGAAUUGUAAGAUUGCAUUCAGUGUAUCAUUUUGGUUUUUUUUUUUUUUACUUCACUUUACUCAUUUCCCCCCCAGUUCUGGAUGAGGGACAGUGGUUGAGUGUCCAUUGACCAUAAAAUUGCACAAAUUGGAAUGACAAAAAUACAUUUGUUUAAUGGAAACAGACCAAUUUCGAAAAUGCUGCAGUUUUUUGCUGAAAGGUUUUUAGGUUAUGAUGUAUUAAAAUUACUGUAUUUUGUAAAACUGCAACAGAAACACUUUUUGAUGUCGAUGUUACAGAAGGCGGAAAAGACGACAGAAAGUGGAAGACGGAUUCUGACAUCCAUCUUAUCUUUCAAACAAACUUA